AUGUUUUAUACAGAUUCUAUCAAAGAUGAUAAAAUUAAAUCAUACCUAUAUGAAAUAGAGUAAGAAUAAGAAAGGAAAGAUAGAAUAAAAAAACUAGCUUAAUCAUUAAUGAAUAAGACAAAAUUAAAAUUGAAGUAUUGAAUUAUUGAAAUAUUUUAGAUUAACAAAUAAGGAAUCAAAGAGAGAAGAAUAAUUUAAUAAGAAAUUAGAAGAAAUGAAAUAACUAAGCACAUUUGUAGAUGCAAGACCUUCUAUUAAUAGAUUAAAUUUACUUAAUGAUAGAAAAUUAUUAUUAAAACUCUAAGUAAUAGAGAAGAUAUAAUAAUACUAAGAUAGUAAUAAAAAUAGUGAAAAUAAAACAUAAAAUCUAAAUAAAGAAUUUUAGACUCUAAAUUCUCAACCACUUAUUUUGGAUGAAGAAUUCAAAUUAUAAUUUUUGGCUACUCAGAAUUAUGAACCAAUUCAAAGAAAAUAACUUUAAAUACCAAAAAGAUUAUAACCAGAAUCACCUAAAGAUAUUGUGGCACCAAUAAAAGGAGAAGAAUUACUCAAUUUUGAUACUUCUCCUAAAAAUGAUACAAAUCUAUUUUAUCGUUCUGUAUUUAGAACUAGUCCUUCUCCACAAAGAAAAUAGUAAAUUUAACAAUUUGAAGUGGAAACAUAAAAAGCCAAAUAAUUUCUUUAAUCAUAAGGAUUAAUAGAGAAAUAGGAAUUAAAGAAUUAAAGAAGAACUCCAUUAAGAAAAAUACCUAUUUAAUAAUAUUAUUAGAAUUUUUAGAAAUAAUGUUAGUCAUUAGUAAAAGAUGUUGCUAUGGAAUCAAGAAGAAGAAGGAUUUUGAGUUAAAUGAAUGAAAGUGAAGGAUGUUCUUCAAAGAAAGAGAUUAUAAAAGAUGUUAUUAUUAAUAAAGGUUAGAAUACAAUUAAUAUGAGUACUAUGAAAUUAAAUAAAUCAUAGACAAAUUCUUUUUCAUCUCCUAGAUAAAAAGUGAAUAAUUUAAAUCAAAAUAAUAAAUUGGGAUCAUCAACUUAAAGAAUUUAUAGGAAGUCUAAAAGUAUAUUUGAUUCUGAAUAGAACAGUCCUAUCAAAAUAAGAUUAUAAACUUAAUUUGAAUCAUUUACAUAAGCUGUUAAUAAAACAUAAGAGGCAUUUAAUAAAAUAAAUAAGGGGAAUGAGAAGAUUAUACGAAGAAUGUCUACUGCUGUAAGUAGUAUUCAUAAAAAGUAUAGUGAUGGGAUUGUUUAAGUUUAAUGAAUAAUUAUAUUUAUAAUUUCUCAUUUAAUAGGAUAUUAAUUUAAUUUAAGUAAUGGGAUGUGGUGUUUCUAGAUAGUAAUAGGAAAGAUUGAAGAGUUAUGUAUAUAGUAUUAGUGAUUUUUAGAAAUAAAAAUUGGAAGAAUUAGGAUAAAUAAAUGAUUAAUUAGCAAAAUAGAUAGCAGAUUUGAGAGAUGCCAGAAACAAGAGAAAACCUAUAUAUAUUAUUAAAGAUUAAGAGGUAUUAGGAAUAUUAAAGAUUUUGAGAGGUUGAAGAAUUAACUAAUUAUAAGGGAGAACUAGAGCGGAAGUUUUAGUUGAUUGAAAAAGAAAUUUUACGAGUUAAUAAAUAAUUACAAAUAUAAGCUAAAGCAGAACCAAAGAAAAAAAGAAAAACUACUAAACCUAUCGAUAUUGAUGAUAUAGCAGAUGAAGA